GGCCUUGUGACGUCAAAACAAAAUGGUGGACGGAAUGUCCACAAAAUAGCUUUCUGCGUAGAAUGURCUGAAAACUCUGCCUAGAUAGCCAGACAAGAGUAUCUACUUCUCCUUAUGUAAUCUCAGUGUAGGUGAUUAUCUGGACACUCCAUUUUGGACGUUUAUCGUUGUUGUUGAGGCAGGUUUUUGGUGUCAAAAUGUCAACCCAUUACGUUCAGCUGUGUACAAAUCCUCUUCGAUUUGUCCCAGUCAGUAAGGACAACAGYGUGUUCUUUGAUGAAGCUAACAAACAGGUYUUUGCAGUGAACAGACUCAAUAACAUCACCCACGUUGUUGUCAAAGGACCUGAUUCAAGGACAAAAAUAUUGUUUGAUAUACCUGAUGCUGGGCAUGUYCACUCUAUWAARUUUUCAUAUGAUCAAAAAAUACUGGCAAUUCAGAGAUCUCCCAAAACUGUGGACUUUAUUAAUUUUGCUGAUGGUAUAGACAGUCAACAGUACCAUCAAGCGUGUAAGGCCAAGUCUGCACAUGUUAUUGGCUUCAACUGGACRAAUUUAAAUGAAAUAGUUUUUAUCACCAACCAAGGUCUUGAGUUUUUCCAGGUCAUGCCAGAAAAACACAGUCUAAAGAUGAUAAAGAACUAUAAUGUCCAGGUUAACUGGUUUGUAUUUUUGCCUGAGAGUGCAAUGCUACUACUGUCGUCGUCUGGCCAUGGAAACAUUAUUCAUCCUUAUCACUUUAGGGCUGGUUCUGUAAUGCGCCUGCCAAAGUUUGAAGUUGAUCUGAGCAGUGCUUCUAAGGCACAGAAAGUCAGCCUUCUUGAGAGRGAUGUCACACUAGCAAACAUAUAUGGCCAGUUGUAUGUUGUWAUUCUACGAAAUCAAUCCAGAGGUGUUGGUGGACUGCCAGGAGCGGAGAUAGUACUCUACCAACUACAAAGGGAUACGCCAGCCAAGAAGACAGCUGUUCUUCAGCUUAACAUGAAUGGUAGAUUUGCUGUCAAUGUUGUAGAUAAUCUGGUUCUUGUCCACCAUCAAGCAUCAAAAACUUCCAUGUUGUUUGAUAUCAAGCUUAGUGGAAAGUUUGAUGGCCAAGUGACUUUCUAUCAACCAGUUCUUGCACCACUUCCUAUUGAACAAACCGUACUUGAACCUGGUCCUGAAGAUACUGAAAUGACAAGUAGUGCUGAAAAGUCAAARYUAACAUGUGAAAUGUACUCACAAAACUGGAUAGUAUUUCAACCAAACAUUAUCAUAGAUGCUAAAAUAGGUAGUUUGUGGGAAGUCAUCCUAAAGCUGGAACCCCUAGUUACUAUGAUACAGGACAAGGGCCUUCUUAUAGAUUUUCUUCUUCUACGGCGUGACAGCAACAUGGUUAUACUAGCUGUAUUUAAACAAGCUUUGAUCCCUGGAAGACAGUCCAAUCUAACAGUUAUUGCAAAGAUGUUUGAUAAAGUAAACAAGAUAUAUCGUGCUGCUUUAGACAAUGAAACUGCUGCUCUUCAGGGAACUGAAACUGGGCGACAAACUCCUACUAAAAGCCAUAUAAGUCCACAGACAGUGGUUUCACAGCGUGAUAUGUAUUCCCAUGUGUUAUCAAUGUUUGUUGAUAAUAAGGAUAUCAAAUAUAAGUUCAUGGUUGCUGUUCUUGUAGAGUAUAUUAGAUCUCUUAACCAAUUUGAAAUACAUCCUGAGCAUUAUCUUUAUGAAUUGGUGAUUAAUCUUCUUGUUGAAAACAAAUGUUAUUAUCAACUACACCAGUUUUUGCAGUAUCAUGUUAUCAGCGAUUCCAAGCCAUUAGCGUGCCUUAUGCUUUCUCUUGAGAGUACAUAUCCACCGGCCUACCAACUGGCUCUCGAUAUGUUGAAGAGAUUAAGUACAGCCAGUGAGGAGAUUGUAGAGAUUUUAUUAUCAAAGUAUCAGUUACUUCCUGCAUUGCGKUACAUCCGRGCCAUUGGUGCAGAAAACUCAGCGUCCCCCCGGAAAUUCUUAGAGGCAGCGUCUUCUGCUAAAGAUACUAUGCUCUUCUACACAGUGUUUAAAUUUUUUGAACAAAGGAAUACGCGACUGAGAGGAAGUCCAGAGUUUGCCACAGGUGAACGUUGUGAUAUCUAUGUCAAGAAAUUCGAAGAAUUGUUUGGGAAUAAUUCAGACAACCUUCAGAAGACGUUAGAGUUUAAACUACUGCUAACAGAUCACUCCAGUUAA